UAAGGUGGCCAUAUUUGAUAGAUUUGUGUCGGGCUCUGCAAUGCAGAAAGAGAGAGUUGUUGCUUUUGAUCUUGCAAGUGACACCAGGCAAGUCUGUCGGAUUCGUGACUGAUCCGGACUUGGAGCGAGGGAGAAAAGGGGUGGGGGGGGGGGGCAGACAGAAAAGAAAUAAACAAGUAACAAUGUAACUUACAUGCAGUCACACACCCCUUUCUCUUGUAACAAUGUGUACGUUUUUAAGGAGGGAGGGGGCGCGCAGAGGGAGAAAGAGAGACGGAGAGAGAUAGAGAAAGGAGGAGGGGGGUGCGUUCUGAAAUAAUAUAGUCAGCCAUUUUUUAUGUAAGGGGAUUUUUUCUUAUUGGGGGGGGGUUGUUAAAAAAUAAAUAUAAGAGGGCGGCCAUCUUUGUUGCUCUGCCUAGUGUAAAAUAUUUCAAAACGCCCCCCACUUUUUUCUGUGCCGAUUUGAAUAUUAAAUAAAUAUCACACAUUCGGCGCAAGAAUAUGCUUUUUUGAAUACAAGGACGGAUCCAAUGACAGGAAUAUAAUGUCCUCUCCUCUCCGAUCCUGUGAGGAAGACGAGGGCAUGGUGGUUAAUUCCGAGGGAGGAGAUUUUGAUGAAGACGACGACCGAGACCUAGACGAGAACGCAAGCGACAUAAACUCGCCGGCGGCGCCUCGGGAAACUGCAACACCAGCCGCGCCAGACGAGGAGGCAGAUAUAUCAGACAGAGAGGUCCCGUGCAGGAAGAAAGGGCGGCCGAAGAAAAAGAAGGACAUAAAGAAGAAAGACAAAGAGGGGAAACCUGUCAAAGCAAAAAAACGCAAGAAGAUUGACAGCGAUGUGGAGAGAGACUCAGACAGAGAAAGAGACUACGGCGAGAACUCGGACAGCGUAGCCAGCGACUAUGGCUCUGGAGAGAAAAAGAAAAAGAAGAAACAUAAAGAAAGGAAGGAGAAGAAAACCAAGAAGAAGAAAAAAGUCGAUGGGGACCGAGACAGCAGUCAGGAGGAAUCAACAAAGCAGCCAAUAGAGCAGAAGACCUCGGCCCAGCUGGCGAAGGAGUGGGGUCUGGAGGAUGUUGAUCAUACCUUCACAGAGGAGGACUACAGGGAACUCACCAACUACAAAGCCUUCAGCCAGUUCAUGAGGCCGAUGAUAGCCAAGAAGAAUCCUAAGAUCCCCAUGUCAAAGAUGAUGACCAUCCUGGGGGCCAAGUGGAGAGAGUUCAGCUCUAACAACCCCUUCAAGGGCAACGCUGCUGCUGUCGCGGCAGCCGCAGCAGCUGCUGCGAUCGCUGUUGCCGAGCAGGUCUCCACAGCGAAUGCCUCACCUGAGCCACCGCCGCCGCCGCCACUGCCGCCACCAAUCAGAAAGGCAAAGACGAAAGAAGGCAAAGGCCCUGGCUUUAAAAAGCGCAGUAAAAGUCCUCGAGUCCCGGACAAGAAAAAGGCUGCCGCAAAGGCUAAAAAGAUGGCACCCAUUCGUAUUAAGCUAUCACCUAUAGGUGCCAAGAGGAAGAAGAGUUGCUCAAGCGAGGACAUGGAUGAGGAUGAGUCAGAGCAGGAGGACUCCAGCGUUCACAGCUCCUCGGUUCGCUCCGACAGCUCUGGUCGCGUCAAGAAGAACAAGCGAGGACGGCCUGCCAAGAAGAAGAAGAAAAUUACAAUCCCAGGUGAAGAGGAUGGCGACGGCUAUGAGACGGAUCAUCAGGACUACUGCGAGGUGUGUCAGCAGGGCGGAGAGAUCAUCCUGUGUGACACUUGUCCUCGAGCUUACCACCUCGUCUGCCUUGAGCCUGAGCUGGACAAGGCCCCCGAGGGCAAGUGGAGCUGCCCGCACUGCGAAAAAGAAGGAAUUCAGUGGGAAGCAAAGGACGAGGACUUUGAGGAUUUCGAGGAGGACAGCGAGGACAGAGUGAUAUCAGAGGUCAGCAUUGGGAUCCCCGCCGGGGCAGAUGAGGAAGAUGACGACCACAUGGAGUUCUGUCGGGUGUGUAAAGAUGGCGGUGAACUGUUGUGCUGCGACACCUGCACCUCCUCCUACCACAUCCACUGUCUAAACCCGCCGCUGCCAGAGAUCCCCAAUGGAGAAUGGCUGUGUCCGCGAUGCAUGUGUCCGCCUAUCAAAGGACGUGUCCAGAAGAUCCUCCACUGGAGAUGGGGUGAACCUCCGCCUCCCAUCCCGGUUCCCCCUGCUCCUGACGCACCACCUGAUGCCCCCCCGCCGCCACCCAUGAAGGGCAGAGCCGAGAGAGAGUUCUUUGUCAAGUUGACUGGGCAGUCCUUCUGGCAUUGUACCUGGAUCACUGAGCUGCAGCUGGAGAUCUUCCACUCUGUGAUGUUCAGAAACUACCAGAGGAAGACGGACAUGGACGAGCCUCCCAGCCUGGAUUACGGGUCAGGCGGAGAGGACGAGAACGGAGUUGGAAAGAGUGAGAAGAGGAGGGCCAAGGACCCCCAGUACGCCAUAUUGGAAGACAAGUACUACAGAUUUGGCAUCAAGCCUGAGUGGAUGAUGAUCCACCGCAUCAUCAACCACAGUGUGGAUAAGAAGGGGACGUACCACUACCUGGUGAAAUGGAGGGACCUGACCUAUGACCAGUGCACCUGGGAGAGAGAUGACCUGGACAUCCCAGACUUUGCAAUUUACAAGGGCAACUACUGGAAGCACAGAGAUGCAAUAAUGAAGGAGGAUCCAGACAAACCCAGGAGGAUGAGGAGCAAGAUCCAGGAGGGUGAAGAGGAGUCUCCUGCCUCGCCGGUCACUGAUCCUACAAUAAAAUACGAGGAACAGCCCGACUUUGUCACAUCGACGGGUGGGACGCUGCACCUGUACCAGCUGGAGGGUCUGAACUGGCUUCGGUUUUCCUGGGCUCAGGGCACAGACACCAUCCUGGCAGACGAGAUGGGCCUGGGCAAGACCAUCCAGACCAUUGUCUUCCUCUACUCACUCUUUAAAGAGGGUCACACUAAGGGUCCGUUCCUGGUCAGCGCUCCACUCUCCACCAUCAUCAACUGGGAGAGGGAGUUUGAGAUGUGGGCGCCCGACUUCUACGUGGUGACGUACACGGGAGACAAGGACAGCCGAGCUAUCAUCAGAGAGAACGAGUUCUCCUUCGACGAUACGGCUGUCAAAGGCGGGAAGAAGGCCUUCAAACUGAGGAGAGAGGCUCCUAUCAAAUUCCACGUGCUGCUGACCUCAUACGAGUUGGUGACCAUCGACCAGACGGCGCUCAAGUCCAUCGACUGGGCCUGUCUGGUGGUGGACGAGGCUCACCGGCUCAAGAACAACCAGUCCAAGUUUUUUAGGCGUCUGAACGACUAUAAGAUCGACCACAAGCUGCUGCUGACAGGAACUCCACUACAGAACAACCUGGAGGAGCUGUUUCACCUGCUCAACUUCCUCACACCCAACCGCUUCAAUAACCUUGAAGGCUUCCUGGAAGAGUUUGCCGACAUCUCCAAGGAGGACCAGAUCAAGAAGCUCCACGACCUGCUGGGGCCUCACAUGCUGCGGAGGCUGAAGGCAGACGUCUUCAAGAACAUGCCCUCCAAGACCGAGCUGAUUGUCAGAGUGGAGCUGAGCCCUAUGCAGAAAAAAUACUACAAGCUGAUUCUGACCAAGAACUUUGAGGCUCUGAACUCAAAAGGUGGAGGAAACCAGGUCUCCCUGCUCAACAUUAUGAUGGACCUAAAGAAGUGCUGCAACCACCCCUACCUCUUCCCUGUCGCCUCCAUGGAAGCCCAAAAAACCCCAACCGGUGCUUACGAGGGGUCGGCCCUCACUAAGGCCUCUGGGAAACUGACGCUGUUGCAGAAGAUGCUGAGUAAACUGAAAGAGCAGGGGCACAGAGUACUGGUCUUCUCACAGAUGACUAAGAUGCUGGAUUUACUAGAAGAUUUCUUAGACCAUGAAGGUUACAAGUAUGAAAGAAUUGAUGGAGGCGUCACAGGAGCGCUGAGACAAGAGGCCAUUGACCGCUUCAAUGCUCCUGGUGCUUGUCAGUUUUGUUUCUUGCUCUCCACCAGAGCGGGAGGUUUAGGCAUCAACUUGGCCACAGCAGACACAGUUGUCAUCUUCGACUCUGACUGGAACCCUCACAAUGACAUACAGGCGUUCAGUCGAGCCCACCGAAUCGGGCAAGCCAACAAGGUGAUGAUCUACCGCUUUGUGACGCGAGCCAGCGUGGAGGAGCGCAUCACCCAGGUGGCCAAGAGGAAGAUGAUGCUGACCCACCUGGUGGUCCGGCCAGGCCUGGGGUCCAAAGCUGGCUCCAUGUCCAAACAGGAACUGGACGACAUCCUCAAGUUUGGAACAGAAGAGCUCUUCAAGGAUGAAGUAGAACGUAUGAAGAAUAGUUCGGGGGAUAAAGUUGAGGACGAGGGCAGCGUGAUCCACUACGAUAGCGUUGCCAUCGAGAGGCUGCUGGACCGAAGCCAAGACGCCACAGACGACUCGGACGUCCAGAACAUGAACGAGUACCUCAGCUCCUUCAAAGUGGCCCAGUACAUGGUCCGAGAGGAGGAUAAGAUCGAGGAGAUCGAGCGGGAGAUCAUCAAACAGGAGGAGAACGUGGAUCCGGAUUAUUGGGAGAAACUGUUGCGGCAUCACUACGAGCAACAACAAGAGGACCUGGCGAGCAAACUGGGCAAAGGCAAGAGGAACCGCAAGCCUGUCAACUACAACGAUGCUGCACAGGAAGACCAAGAGUGGCAUGCUGACAUUUCAGAUAACCAGUCCGAGUACUCAGUGGGCUCCGAGGAGGAGGACGAGGACUUUGAUGACCGGCCAGAAGGUCGACGGCAGUCACGUCGCCAGUUGAGGAAUGAAAAGGAUAAACCUCUGCCUCCUCUGUUGGCCAGAGUGGGAGGCAACCUUGAGGUGCUGGGCUUUAACACACGCCAGCGAAAGGCUUUCCUGAACGCAGUGAUGCGCUGGGGGAUGCCGUCUCAGGACGCUUUCUCCUCUCAGUGGCUGGUCAGAGACCUCAGGGGCAAGACUGAGAAAGAAUUCAAAGCUUAUGUGUCCCUCUUCAUGCGUCACUUAUGCGAGCCAGUGGCUGAUGGGGCAGAGACAUUCGCAGAUGGUGUGCCGCGGGAGGGCCUGUGUCGCCAGCCAGUCCUCACCCGUAUCGGCGUCAUGUCUCUCGUCAAGAAGAAGAUCCAGGAGUUUGAGCACAUCAACGGGCGGUGGAGCCUUCCAGAGCUCAAGCCUGAGGUCAUCAUAAACAAAUCCUCCUCCAGGGCCUCCUCUCCUGCCGUGAAGACCACCACGCCCACCCCCGAAGCCAGCUAUAACAACACACCUUGUACCUCAGAGCCAGCGACCCCUGCUCCAUCAGACAAGCUGGAAAAGAACGGAAAGGAGGGAGAGAAGGACAAAGAGGAAGGCGAGGCCCAGUCUGACAAAGAGAAAGUGAAGGAGAAAGAAAAGGAUGAGGGGAAAGAGGUGGACAGCAACAGGACUGAAGAGCCUGAAGAGCUUUCCUCCACGACAAGAGACACAUCCCAAAAUGCAUCCCCUAGUCAAAAAAACGAAGGCAAAGAGGACAGCGACAUGAAAAAAGAGGAGAAGAAGGAAACAACUGACAUUUCAGCUGCCACAACAGAGGAGAAAAAGGUACAAGAGGAGAGUAAAGAAGAGAAAAAACAAGACACAGAGGUCAAAGAAGAGAAAUCAGGAGAAAAGCUGGGGGAGGAGACACUCACAUCAACUGAAACGACCGAUGCAAAGGAUAAGACCGAGGUGUCUGAUGUGAAGAAAGAGGAAGUCAAAGGUGAAAAGGAUGCUGGGAAAGAAGUCAGAGCAGCAAGGGAGGAUGCACCCAAGGGUAACGGGAGGCCUCCCAUUGAGCGACCUCGCUUUAUGUUCAACAUCGCAGACGGGGGCUUCACCGAGCUGCACACUCUCUGGCAGAAUGAGGAGCGAGCUGCCAUCUCCUCGGGGAAGAUGAACGAGAUCUGGCACCGCCGACACGACUUCUGGCUGCUGGCGGGAAUCGUGAUUCACGGCUACGCCCGGUGGCAGGACAUCCAGAAUGACCCCCAGUUCGCCAUUGUCAACGAGCCUUUCAAAUCGCAGGCGAACAAAGGCAACUUCCUGGAGAUGAAGAACAAGUUCCUGGCUCGACGCUUCAAGCUGUUGGAGCAGGCGCUGGUGAUAGAGGAGCAGUUGCGACGGGCGGCCUACCUGAACAUGACCCAGGACCCCAGCCACCCGGCCAUGGCCCUCAAUGCGCGCUUUACAGAGGUGGAGUGCCUGGCGGAGUCACACCAGCAUCUCAGCAAGGAGUCGCUGGCGGGCAACAAGCCAGCCAACGCUGUCCUGCACAAAGUGUUGAACCAGCUGGAGGAGCUGCUGAGUGACAUGAAGGCCGACGUGACCCGGCUACCGGCCACGCUGUCCAGAGUCCCACCCAUCGCCGCCCGUCUGCAAAUGUCCGAGAGGAGCAUCCUCAGCCGACUGGCCAGCAAGGGCACUGAGACGCACACGCCCCCGCCCAUACCUCCAGGACCCUACGCAACCCCUCACAACUACGGAGCCCACUUCACCCCCGCCCCUCCGAGCGCCCUAUACAUGGGAGGGGCCAACUACAGUCAGAUGCCGCCCGGAUCCUUCAUAUCAGUGUUGAAUGGUCCUCACAUGUCUGUGAAGAAGGAGCGAGAAGCAGAGUUGCUUGUCAACCGGCGGGAGCAGCGCAGCGGAGAGGUCAUCUGCAUCGACGACUAGACCACACACACACACACACACACACACACACACACACACACACACACACACACACACACACACACAGAACCCCAUUUGCUGCAAAGAUAUCUUCUCUCCAGAAAGUUUUGGUGGUAACACUGUUCAGAACAUUGAACCACAGAUCCAGUAUUAAAACUAAUUGACUAACUUAUUAGGCUGCACUUAUUGAUCUGCUUGUGAUUGUAGUUGCUUCAUUCACACACACACACACACACACACACACACACACCUACGGUAUACAGUCCAUAUUGUCUCUUGUGACCUUUUCUUGUCUGCCUCAAACCAUUAUACUCCUCAUAAGCGGGCCUCUUCACACAGGCCUCCUACUCCUCCUCUUGGGAUGCUUCUAACCUCAUCUACAUACACACUUACAGUUAUUACACACACAACACUUACACACACAACUCUCAACCCACCUCAAUCCUAAAAACCUUUAGAUCUCUCAAUAGACCAUGUAACCUUCCCCUUCCUCCUCCCCUCGACAGGAAGCUGCAUGUGAAACUAAAAUCAUUUCUACCGCCGCACUCCAUCCCCUUAAGCAUGCUCUAAUCACAAUAAUGCUGUCUCGUGGAAGGGGGGGAGGGAUGGUGUCAAGCUGUGCCUACAGUUUUAAUACUGUUUCUAAUUCUCCCUAAAGAGGCUGAACCUCUGAUUUCUCAGUCCAAGCAGCUCCAAGCACAGCUCCAGGUAUUCUUUUUUUCUUCUUUUUUUUCUGUAAUAGUACAUGUUCAGAUAAAAACACGUGCAGCAAGGUAUAAUAUGAUAAUUAUAUUCAGGACCACAUUAAGUAUUUGCCGCCAUCCCAUUUCGCUCCCCUGGUUCUAGUGUAUGUAAAGAGCUUUGAGGUAUUUUGGGGGUUUGCGACAACGUUAUUUUUCAGAAACCUAUGAAUGUUUCUAACCUUUUCAUAAGCAAGUAAGUGUUAUUAAAACCCAUCAAUCACUCUAAACACUCCUCUUGACACCCCCUCCCUUUAUCAAUCUUUUUUUUUUCAAGUUUCUAUUUCUUUAUACAAAAUCCUGUGAUAUACUUUACUCUCGCGGUUAUGAGUAUUGUCAUCAAUGUUGCCGUUGUUCUCGCUGUUGCUAUUCGAGAAAAAGCUUCUACCAAAUGAGAAUUUUUUUUGUAACGAGAAAUAUGAAAAAACGAUACAGUAUGUGUGACACACAAACGCACCUCUUUGCCAUGUUUGUCCUAUAUUACAAGAGAAAGCAAACGAAGAAGUUGAGCUAACUUCAGAGGUAGAUAUAUUACAAGAAAACUUGUUUUUCUUGCUUACAUUUUUAGAUUUGGGGCUUGCAAAUGACAUGAACAUACAUAGAAAAUAUGCCAUAUGUAACCCUAAAUGCUUCUAUGAGCAGAAAGAAAAUACUAUCUAACCCCAGUAAAAAUACACGGUUAUUAUCUGGAAAAUUGAAGGCUGGAAAUACAUUUUAUAUACUGCAAUCAUUGAAAAACGCCUUAAUAAACAUAGCUGAACAAAUGUAAAGUCAUCAAACUGAAUUAAGAACCUGAUGUCAAUCUGUAAAUCCUAGUCAGUCUGCUUUAAAUUGAAA